AGCACGCACGCCGGCUUGCUCACCUUGGGGCUUUCGUAAACCUAACAAAUUGGGGUUUCCAAGACACAGACCAUGUCUGUAGGAGUGGAGUCCGGUUUCUCCAACGACGAAGUGCUCAACAUACGUUACCCGCUUCACCGCGCAUGCAGGGAUGGAGAUGUCGGCGCACUGUGCUCGCUGCUUCAGCGCUCAACCAACCAGGCAGACUUGGUUGCCGAAGACUCUUUUUACGGCUGGACCCCUAUUCAUUGGGCAGCACACUUCGGGAAGCUGGAGUGUGUUAUGAGGCUGGUGCAGGUGGGAUGUGAAGUGAACAUACUGACGACCCGAUUUGCCCAGACUCCAGCACACAUUGCUGCAUUUGGAGGACAUCCAGAAUGCCUUUUGUGGCUUAUACACAGAGGAGCUGAAAUAAACAGACAGGAUUACGUUGGUGAAGCACCAAUUCACAAGGCAGCACGGGCUGGUAACAUGGAGUGUAUUAAUGUCUUGUUGAUCCAGGGAGCCAAACCGGACUUGAAGAAUGCAAAUGGUUUAGUUGCAGCUGACUUGGCUCAUGCUCAAGGCUUCCAUGAUUGUGCUCAGCUCCUCUGUAAUGCUCACAACCAUAUAAAUCAGCUAAAUGGAUUCGGACAUAAUGGGACUGACCACGUACACAUUCAGGGUCGCAGUCUUUUGAAUGGGACAGCUAAUAGGAAAAGAUUUUUUGACGGCACAGAGCCAAACAAUGUUAAAAAAGCAAGAACUGAUAGAAUGAAUUCCUCAGUGAAGACAAACAGUGCAAUUGGAGAAGAGUUUGAGAGUAUGAAUGUGGAAUCCACUGCUGAAAUACAAUCAGAUGAAGCCAUAGCCACAGGUUUGAGGAAUGGUCAUGGGCAUCACAACAGUUUCACUGUCAACAACUUCAGCACAAACGGGCAAUGCUAUGAAUCUUUUUUUAAUGGGGUUGAGACCAUUCCAGCUGAACCAAGAAUCGACAUGUGUGGCUCUCUGCACCUCAGCGGCAGCCCAAGCAGCUGUGUGUCUCACCGACCGGCAUGGGAUGCAUUUUCUCCAGAUUCCAGUGAACAUCUACAUUAUGGACACUACCAUGGAUUUGGGGAUACGGCAGAGGACCUGGAAGAUGCUAGCAUCUGUCAUGAACACAGUACAACUGUGAAAGUAGAGCGGCUCUAUGACCAAGAAGUUCUCAGUGCCGUACAGCUGUUCCAUGGAUGUUAAAAUCCAUGAAAUUUGAUUGUAAAAAUGGUCAUAUUGAUGGCAUUACAAUCAGCCUUAAACUGAAUGGUUGUCUUGCACCUUAAUGCAGGCAGUAAUAAGAGUUUUUGUUUGUUAUAAAUGGGGAAAAUCUUUCUACCAAAGGGAAGCAAAUAUAUUGCAUUUUUGUACCUGACCUGACUUAAUGACUUUAUUUUAUUAUAUGUAUGUGUUUGAACUCAGCUUAGCCUAAUGGGUGCAUUUCAUUUUCCCCUAUAAUAAAAUGUUAGAAUGUUCAGAUGUACAAGGAGUUGAUUUUGUGUAUGGAUUUAUAGUUAAUUGGUAGUUUUGUGAAAGUGAAUACAAGCUUUUUGAAAAGGAGAAUUUUGUACGAUUUGUUGUAUUACUUUUUUUACUUUUUCCUGAGAAGCAAAGCUUACAUGCUCACUGUAAAACUGUUUAUUGAAAGAUGUAUGACAUUCCUUCAUCUUUGUACCUUAUGUUUUGAUUAAAAACCAUGUGUACAUUAAAA